CAGCGGAGCCGAGCCGAGCCCGAGCCCGAGCCGAGCCCUGACACUGUCCGUCCGCCUUCUGGCUCCUCGGGAGCCCGGACUGGCCGGAGCCCGAGAGGUGGCAGCGCGGGGAGCCCCACGCGCUGAAGGGAGCGGACCGGACGGGACGGGACUAGUGGAGGCGCUGCCGCCACAGUAGCCAGUGACGGGAGUCGCGAGCCGCGGCCUCCCGGACCCUGCUGCCCAGGCCAGCUGAGGGAGAGCGGGGAGUACGAAAACCCCACCCUCUGGGGCACCCCAGGAGCGGAGGCGGGAGCGGGGACGGGAGCAGCCUCUCCCCCGUUGGAGAGAAGACCCUUACCACUCCUUACCGCUCGGGCGAGGGAAAGAAGAGACCCCUGGAGGGGACGCGUCUCUCCUUCUAGAGGCGAGGAAAACCCCCAUACUGGCCGGGGAGGAGACCCCCAGAAGUAGGAAGGGGUGAGCCUUCCUACAGGAAGCAGCGUGAGACCACCCCGGCGUGCCGCCUCCUCUCCAAACACACACUCUCAACAGUUCAGGACUUUCGAGGCAAAGAGAAAGGGGGAUUUGCCUAUGGAGUAGGCACCCUCCAUCCCAGCCAGUACUCACAGGGCAGAGGAGUCCUUACGUUCGGGAGCAAAGGACGCGCCAGGGAAAGAAGAGGAAUCGGCUUUCAGCCUUCCGGAGAGGGGAAGACCUCUCCCCCCAACUUCCUUGGACCUAGACAGUGGAACGGGGUAGAGCCCCUCCACUCAGAUCUCCGGCAGACAGAAAGAGCCCUCCACCCCAGACAGAGCCAGUUUGGGGGGGAGGGGGACUCCCCCAAGGGGGAGGAGACAACUCCUGGUUGGGAGAGGCUCCUCCCCUCCUCCCCAGGGUAACUGGCAGGGUGUGGGGGGUGUGCCACCUUCCCCAGGUAGGACCUCCUUCUCCUCCCCCUCCUCCUCCUCCCUUGGCUCCUCAGCCUCAGGGGACCCAGUUCCCCUCCCCAGCUUGGGAGGCUCAGCCAGGUACAGGAAGAGCCACUGAGGAUGAGACCUGUCAUCUGCCUCUGAAGAGGGGACUCCCUCCAACCCCAAAGUCCAGUACCAGGUGGUUCCCUCCCUCUGCAGGGGGAGCGGUGGAGACAGAACCCAAAAGUACCAUGGCUUCUGACCUAGAGAGUAGCCUCACCUCCAUAGACUGGCUCCCCCAGCUGACCCUCCGAGCUACCAUUGAGAAGCUCGGGAGUGCCUCCCAGGCUGGGCCUCCAGGGAGCAGCCGCAAGUGUUCACCAGGCUCACCCACAGAUCCUAAUGCCACCCUGAGCAAAGACGAGGCAGCAGUCCACCAGGAUGGCAAACCACGGUACAGCUAUGCCACCCUCAUCACCUAUGCCAUCAACUCCUCUCCAGCCAAGAAGAUGACCCUCAGUGAGAUUUACCGCUGGAUCUGCGAUAAUUUCCCCUAUUAUAAGAAUGCCGGCAUUGGUUGGAAGGACACCUGCCCUGACAUUUCCCGAAAGAGAAGACACCCUCCGGAUGAUGAGCUAUCCCAAGACUCACCAGAACAGGAGGCAAGCAAGAGUCCACGGGGAGGCGUUCCGGGGAGUGGAGAAGCCUCACUGCCUACCGAGGGGAAUCCGCAGAUGUCUCUUCAGAGCCCCACAUCUAUCGCCGGCUAUAGCCAGGGCACGGGAUCUGUGGAUGGCGGAGCAGUGGCAGCAGGGGCUUCAGGCCGAGAAAGUGCUGAGGGUCCCCCUCCCCUCUAUAACACCAACCAUGACUUCAAGUUCUCCUACUCAGAGAUCAAUUUUCAGGAUCUAAGCUGGUCCUUCCGCAACCUCUACAAAUCUAUGCUGGAGAAAUCCUCCUCUUCCUCUCAGCACGGCUUUUCGUCUCUCCUCGGGGACAUGCCACCCUCUAACAACUACUACAUGUACCAGCAGCAGCAGCCGCCGCCUCAACAACAGCAGCAGCAGCAGCAGCAGCAGCCGCCACCACCACAGCCACCUCCCCAGCAAUCCCAGCCACAGCAGCAGCCGGCACCAGCCCAGGGCCCCUCAACUGUAGGGGGUGCUCCUCCACUGCACACCCCAAGCCCAGAUGGUUGUACCCCACCAGGGGGAAAGCAAGCUGGGGCUGAAGGCUACGGGCCUCCCCCUGUGAUGGCCAUGCAUCCGCCUCCACUGCAGCAUGGAGGCUACCACCCUCAUCAGCACCAUCCUCACUCCCACCCUGCCCAGCAGCCACCACCCCCGCAGCCACAGGCACAAGGCCAGGCUCCCAUCAACAGCACUGGCUUUGCCUUUCCUCCUGACUGGUGCUCUAAUAUCGACUCCUUGAAGGAAAGCUUCAAGAUGGUGAAUCGGCUCAAUUGGUCCAGCAUUGAGCAAUCACAGUUCUCAGAACUGAUGGAGAGUCUACGACAGGCAGAGCAGAAGAACUGGACCCUCGAUCAGCAUCACAUUGCCAAUCUGUGUGACUCCCUCAACCACUUCCUUACUCAGACUGGUCACGUGCCCCCGCAAGGGGGAUCCCACCGGCCACCAGCCCCAGCCCGUAUUGCUGACUCCUGUGCUCUCACCAGUGGCAAACAGGAGCCAGCCAUGAACCAAGGUACUGUACAAGGCAAGUGGCCAUGGAGGUGGAGACUGAUGAAAAGGAAGGGUAGGAAAAAGGCAAAAGAAAACUGA